AUGGGGGAGCAGUGGCAGUCGACCCCGUGCCGUCAGGACGCAAGGGAGGUGAGCGGCCCCUUGGGAGGGUCGGUGUCUGUGCAGUGUCAGUACGACGAGGGGUACCAGAACUAUGAGAAAUACUGGUGCAGAGGAAAAAGCUGGUAUUACUGCUCCAUAGCUGUUCAGACCAUCAGUGCAGAGGCCGAGGUGAAGCGGGGCAGAGUCUCCAUCCAAGACAAUCGCACACAGUGCACGUUCACUGUGACUAUGGAGAGCCUGGCACUGGGCGACCAGGAUGUUUACUGGUGUGGGAUAGAGAUCAAAGGCUAUGACAAGAUGUUUGCUGUCAACGUGUCUGUUUUCCCAGAAAUAUCCACCUUCUCCUUUAACAGUAGUCAUGCUCCUGCUGGUACACCAAACCUCGUCCUCUACAUCCUGAUCCCAUCCAUCCUGCUGGUUCUACUUUUGAUUUUGUUCAUUGCUGUAAAGUUUAGAAGAGCAUCGCAGAGGAGGAGAAAAGCCCUUGAGGACACAUCAGGACAAAAGGAUAAGAACGUCUAUCUCUGUAACACGAAUCCUGGGCACAAGCCUCCCUUCAGUGCAUCAGAUCCUGCUGCCACUGGCCAGAUGGCAAUCUAUAUGAACGAGCAGCACCUGCCCAGCUCAGUUGAUCCGGCGUCCGUCUAUGAAAACAUGAUCCCGCAGAAGAGUCAGAUUUCAGGACAGAGAAAAGCAGUUUUUUCUGGCCCACAGGACUGCUCAGCCACAGAUCAGCAGGACACCUACAUCAAUAUGUGCACAAUCACACCCCGUCCCCCCAUGAUGUGUCAUCAAGCAAAGUGUGGGAGAAAAGCUGCAGGCUGAAGCCCUUCCUACUCACGGGAUGUAUAGCAGCUCUUCCUUAUUUUCCUACUGUCCCAUGAAAGCUUCCAGACUGGCAUUCCCUCUGCCCUCCUUCUGCUGAGCAAUCUGCCAGGAGCAAGAUGUGGUGGGGAGGUCCCACUUCCAGCACGACUGUCUUCAGAAAUGUACUGGGGGCCAACAGCUACUACAAAGUGCUUCUCCUUUCCUGGACAUCAGCUUGAAACUGCACAAAGUCUUGGUGGCUCCGGUUCCUGAAGGGCCGGAGGUUUUCCUCUGGCGCUCGUUGUGACAUCUCUCUGCUCCAGCACCACAUAAUUGCUCAUAAAACUUACUUGGUGCAAAGGAGCUUGGUUCUGGGGUCAGAACCUCAGGAUGAUGAGGCAACUCUUUGGCUGGAGGUGAUAUGGGGAACAGGGCCUCAGGGAGGGUGUGGAAAUAACAAUGGGAAGACGAGGCAGAAGGAAACAGCUUUGUCCUUCAUUUCCCCAGUCAGCGUGGAGUUAAUUGUGCUGGAAUCUUUUUACCGCCAAUCCCGUGUUAGCACAGUGGCUUAGAACAAGAAGGGCACAUAGAUGCCCACAUUUUAUACAGGUUAUAGUGAAAAGAUUGAGAGCCCAUUCCCAGACGUUAUUUUUGGACAUCUUCGUCUUUGAUCCUAAAUACCCUGUGGGACACAUCUAAAGAAUUUGGACACCAGACCAAUAUCAUUCUGGAGUGUAGGAACAGGAGUGUUGUAUGAAAGACACGAGAGAUAAUGGUCCCACUCUACCUGGCACUAGUUAGUCCCGAGCUGGACAUCGUGUCCAGUUCUGGGGGGCCACACUUUAGGAAAGAGGUCGACAAGCUGGAGAGAGUCCAAAGAGCUACAAAAAUGAUAAAAGGUUUAGAAAAAUCUCACCUCUGAGGAAAGGUUAAAACCACUAGAUGUGGUUAGUCGCAAGAAAAAAAAAGCAGAUGGGGAACCAAACUUCAAAUA